AACCCAAGAAGCAAGUAAAAGACUUCGAUGACCUGUUACCCCUGGUCGGUGAAUUCGGCUGGUACCAGCGUCUGCUGUUCCUCAUGAUGAUACCCUACGCGUUCUACUUCGCGUUUGUGUAUUUCGGUCAGAUAUUUAUGACGCUGGUGCCUGAGCAGCAUUGGUGCUACGUUGAGGAGCUGCGGAACUUGACUGUGGAACAAAGACGACAUCUUUCCAUUCCUCUUAUUGACGGCAAAUACCACAAAUGCCAAGUGUACGACGCGGACUGGACGAGAGUUAUACAAGAUGGCGUCUCGGAGGCCGACACAAAAUGGCCGACCAAGAAAUGCGAAAAGCAAUGGGAAUACAAUUUCACUGAUGUACCCUAUGAGACUAUUGCCACGCAGCUGAACUGGGUGUGUGACGAGGACAACAAUGCGGCUACAGCUCAGUCCAUCUUCUUCUGCGGAGCGAUUGUUGGGGGUCUGCUUUUCGGAUGGAUCGCUGACAAGUAUGGAAGAGUUCCGGCUUUAGUCGGUACAAACAUGGUCGGUUUCAUAGCCGGCGUUGGAACAGCGUUCACCAACACUUUCUGGUCGUUCUGCCUGUGCCGGUUCCUGGUCGGCCUGGCUUAUGACAACUGCUUCAUGGUCAUGUAUAUCGUCGUGAUAGAGUACGUGGGGCUAAAAUGGCGCACAUUCGUCGCCAACAUGUCCAUCGCUGUCUACUUCACAUUCGCAGCCUGUCUGCUACCCUGGAUAGCCUUAGGAGUGGCCGACUGGCGCGUGUAUACCCUGGUCAUAAGCGUGCCUUUAGUGCUGGCUGUGUUCACACCCUGCUUGGUACCGGAGAGCGCCAGAUGGUUAAUAUCUCAAGGCCGUAUAGAAGAGUCGAUCAAGAUACUGCAGAAGUGCGGAAAAGUCAAUGGGAAGAAGUUACCAGACGAGAUAAUAAAGGAGUUCAGGGAGACCGCAGCAGAACUCGCAAAAUCCGAACAGGAGACCAAGAACUAUUCCGCCCUGGACCUCUUCAAGACCCCCCGUUUGCGGAAGCACAGCGUCCUGCUGGUGCUGAUCUGGUGUACCACGGCCAUGGUCUUCGAUGGUCAUGUCAGGAACGUGGGAUCUCUGGGACUAGAUAUGUUCCUGACGUUCACGGUCGCUACUGCCACUGAGUUCCCUGCUGAUGUUUUGCUAAUUUCCAUACUAGAUAUACUGGGCCGCCGUUGGCUUGCCUUCGGUUCCAUGGUGAUCAGUGGAAUCUUCAGUUUCCUGGCCACAACUGUAGCUCAAGGCAUACCAUCGGCGUCCCUAGCCAUCGUGGGCCGCUUCGCCGUGAAUAUCUCUUACAAUAUCGGCAUGCAGUACGCUGCUGAGUUAUUACCCACAGUGGUGAGAGCCCAGGGCUUGGCUCUCAUCCAUAUAGCUGGAUAUGUUGCUACUAUACUGGUUCCAUACAUUGUGUAUAUGGCAACCAUAGCCGUCGAGAUCCCCCUCCUGAUCCUGGGCGCCCUGGGCCUCCUGGGCGGGACCCUGUGCCUGUUCCUGCCCGAGUCUAUGGGCAAGGCCAUGCCGCAGACCAUACAGGAUGGCGAGGACUAUGGUCGCGAGCAGAGGUUCUGGGAGUUCCCUUGCUGCGGAAGGAAAAAUCUAUCAAAUAAAGAAGACGUUGAGACGAUUGAGAAGAUUAAAUAA